AUGGCGUCUAUAGUCCCGUCCAAAAAGGACCCAAUUAUCAUUGUGGGUGCAGGAGCAUUCGGCCUGAGCACUGCGCUGCACCUCGCCCGCCGUGGCUAUACUGAUGUGACUGUAUUCGACAAACAACCAUACGACGACUCGCGAUACUCAUACUUCCAGGGCUGUGAUGCAGCUUCUGCAGAUAUCAACAAGAUUAUCCGAGCAGGCUAUGGCAAGGAUGUUAUUUACCAAGAUAUAACCCUCGAGGCCGUGGAAGGCUGGAACCAGUGGAAUGCUGAGCUAGCGAGCGGCCAGACGGUGCCCCCCGGUAUGACCACCGCGGACCGUGUUUGGGUCAACAAUGGACACAUAUCCAUGACCGAUGGCCCCGUGUUACCUCCUUUCGAGCAAGCUAGCCUCGCGUCCAUGCCCAAGAACACACAGUUCGUUAGCACCGACACACACGAUCAACAAAUCGCAAAGUCUCUCGGUAUCAAUCUCGAACCCUUCAAGCGACAAGACCCCAGCCGGCCAAAUGUGGCCCUCUAUGACCGUACUGGUGGUACGACAUAUGCCGACAAAGCCUGCCGCUUCGCGCUGCACAAGGCCCGCAUCUACGGCGCCAAAUUUGUCCUCGAUCCUGUAGCAGGUGAGCUCAAGGAGCUGCUGCGAGGCUCUAGUGACAAGAGUGAGAUAAUUGGUAUCCGCACGUCAGACGGCAAGACUCAUCGGGCUGCCUUGGUCAUACUCGCCUGUGGCGGCUGGACGCCGUCAAUUCUGCCCGCCUUGGACGGCCUGAACGAGGCCACAGCCGGUUCGGUUGCGCUACUCAAAAUCCCCCGAGAGUCGCCUCUCUAUGACCGGUUUGCGCCAGAGAACUUCCCCAGCUGGAUGCACAAGAUGCGCGACGGCCACCUCGGUGGUCUAUACGGCUUUGCUCGAACGGACGAUGGUUGGUUGAAGAUUGGCUACCGUGGCAAUAAGUACACGAACCCGCAGGUGCAGAGUGACGGUCGCGAGCGCAGCGUGCCCAUCACUAGGUGGUCCAAGGGGGAAACGAUCAAGGCAAUACCAAAGCAAGCACUGAGCGUGAUCCAGGCUUUCCUCGACCAAUAUCUGCCAGAACUCGGAGAGGCGGGAAUCCACAUCUCUAUGACCCGCAUCUGCUGGUACAAUGACAGCUUUGACAACCACCUCACUGUUGACAGAGUUCCCGGCAUGGAUGGGCUAAUGGUGGCCACCAGUGGGAGCGGCCACGCUUUCAAGUACCUUCCCAGCCUUGGGAACUGGAUCGUUGACGCGAUGGAAGGAGUUGGCAGCGACAGGCCAGCCAUUCAGGCUUGGAGAUGGAGGACACUGGGAGACCAGCAAAGCGCUAUUAAUGAGAUUAUGCAGGGUUCGAAGGGGCCCAGAGCCUUGUCCAAUCUAGCAUUGGUUACGGACUCUCGCCUUGGUCGAAGUGCUAAGCUGUAA